AUGUCUCGAGUUUCUUUCCGCGACAGAGCUCGCAUGGCCCUCGUCAACAACAUGUGCAGGAUUAUUGCCGACGACGAGGAGAGCUAUCGGGUCCAAUACGUUCGCGACUUUGGGGAUCCAGCAUUGCACGGCUUCUACACUUUUACCAAGAUCAGCGAAGAAGUCAGGUGGAAACUAGCCUACGAGCGCCGCCAUUUUGCCGAUAUGCCUUUGCUCGUUGCGGACCGCCAACCGCCUCAUAAGAUUGCUGCGCCUCAGACACUCGAGAAACAGAGCCCAUGA